GACAUACCGAAGUAUCAACUGGAAAGAAGGUGGCGAUGCAAGCUCGGUGAAUGGUGUUCUUAUUACGGCGUAUCGUUUGAUAAAAGAAAUGCAGAAGAAAUUUAGGACUCAGGAAGCCGAAGAGCGUGAAAAGGAAGGUGCUGUGAAGCAGGAUAAACUAAUUUUAUCGGCAACAAAAGGCAAUCCAAAACUGAAAGAUCUAUUUGUGCGACCAAACAUUAUCACAAAACGAAUCAGUGGUUCGUUGGAGGCUCAUGCAAAUGGUAUGUCAACGUAGUU